CCGAGUCAUCCAGCUUAAUUUUCGUUUCGAAGUCGUAAGCAUCGCGUGUGUCGCACUUCUGUAAUUAUUACUGACUAUAAUUUAGCUAUUAUUUUCACAAAACUCGAGAUUUGGAUCAAAGACAAACUGUCAAAUCGAACAACGUACAAUGGAUCGCAUUUACCAACAAAUGUACGAUGACACCGAGAUAAUUAGUGAAAAAUCUCAGGAAGGGAGCGAAAUCAAGAAACUUUUCUCAGGGCAGACGGUUUUCCUAACCGGGUGCACCGGAUUCAUUGGGAAAUGUCUAACGGAGAAACUCCUCAGAGAGACCGAAUUGAAGAAACUUUUCGUUUUGAUCAGGCCUAAAGAGGAACUCUCCGUAGAACAGAGGCUGGACAAGUUCUUUCAGGAUGAGGUCUUCGAGCCUCUGAGGAAGAUGGUGCCAGACUUCGCGAGGAAAGUCGAACCCAUUAUGGGCGAUCUUGCGAAGAAAGACAUAGGAUUAUCCGAGAAAGAUCGAAAGAAAUUAACGGAGGAGACCACGAUCAUCAUUCACAAUGGCAGUACUACUAAGUUCUACGAGAGGAUAAGCAACGUCUUGAAAAUCAACGUAUUGGGCACUCAACAUUUAUUGGACCUUGCUAUCGAGUGCAAGACUCUGAAAGCGUUUACCUACAUCUCCUCCGCGUUUUCGAAUUCUAAUCACGACGUAGAGGAACGAUUUUAUGAUCCUCCAGUCGAUUUACGCAUUAUUCCUGAUCUCAUAGCUUCGGACGAAUCCCUCCCCGGAGGACUGACCGAAGAAACGGUUAAUCAGAUCAUAGGAGGAUCUUUUAACACGUAUACGUUUUCGAAAGCUCUGGCGGAGAAUAUAGUGAAAGAGUACAGUCGUAAAGUUGCAUUUCCUUGCGCAGUGCAUCGUCCUGGUCUCGUGAUCUCAGCGUACAGGGAACCCAUCAAAGGCUGGGUCGAUGAUUCCAAUGGACCUGUAACGGGGUUCGUAGCUGCUUCUCUUGGACUAUUACACGUAAUCCAUUGCAACAGCUGGCCGAAGGACUUCAUCCCGGUAGAUAUGACCGUCAAUUCUAUCCUCGCUUCUACGUGGGAUGUAAUAAUCAAUCAAAUAGACGCCCGAGAAGCAGUGGUCUAUAAUUAUGGGAGUUCCAUCGUAAAUCCUAUAACGCUGCAUAGAAUGCAAGAGCUCGUAGAAGUAGAAGCGUAUGAGAAACCGUCGGACAAAAUGGUGUGGGCGUACUUUUGCUCGAUCACCUCAUGCGUGUACUAUUUCUACUUAAUGGACAUGCUGACUCACUUGCUACCGGCACUGAUCAUCGACGGCGCGUUACUGCUGCAAGGAAAGAGACCAAAGGCACUGCAGGCAUACUUCCAGUUCCGAAAACAAUUGAACUUCUUAACCAAGGGUUUAACCAGUAAGCAGGUUAUUAAUUGUCAAAAAUCAAAGAAGGUUUGGAAUCGCCUGAAUCCCGUGGACAGCGAUUUAUUCUUCUGCGACAUCCGCAAUCUCGACUGGGACGAGUUCGCCGAGACCUUCUGGCUGGGAAUGAGGCUCUUCAUCCUGAAGGAUCCUUUGAACACCGUAGAGUCGGGCAGGAGUAAAUUUAAAAAAUUGAGAAUCUUCAAUAUUCUUACCGUGACAGCGACUUUUCUGAUCUUCCUGUACCUCGUAAACAGAGUCACAGGGAUAUUGUCCAUACUGUGCUGAUCUCCGUCUAAAAUGUCUCUAUACUACGUGCAUCCUACGUAUAUCAAUCAUAUUACAUUAAUGUAUUGUAAUAACAUCAAUAUACGUAUAGGCACAGCAACAA